AUGGUUGUACAUAAUCCUAAUAAUUGGCAUUGGGUUGACAAAAACUGUAUUGACUGGACAAGACAAUAUUUCAACGAAAAUUUGAUCAACAUAUCUGCAGCUGAAGGUGAAAAAGAUGUAUUUGUGAACACAAUUUCAUCCGUUGAAGGUGAUGUCGAGGUUUGUCAACGUAAGGGAAAGGUUAUUUCUCUCUUUGACUUGAAGGUAGUCCUUGAGAUCAAGGGUCAUUCGAUUUCUCAGUCGAAGAAAGAAGGCGACUUUUCUGGUUCAAUCACAGUUCCUGAGUUAGCGUACGAUUCGACUGAAGACGAUUUACAGUUCGAUAUCAGUAUCUACAAUGAAGAUGCCGAUUCAGAAAAGAUGAGACCACUUAUUAAGAAGGAAUUGUUACCUAAAUUAAGAGACAGCUUGAUUAAAUUCGGCCGCGACUUGAUAACUACUCAUAGUUCCGACAUUCAAUUGUCGUCUGACAAAGUCAACUCCGCAUAUACCAAGGCCAACCAAGAAAACGCCCAGAACACUCCAGCAGCUGCAAAGAAGGCAUCUGCCCCAACUCCGGCUGCUCAAAAGAGUACAUCCUCGGGUGCUGCUGCUGCAAAAUCGGCAUCUAAUUCGUCUGUGCCAAGAUAUAACACGUCUACUUUGCACUUGGAACCUACUUUCAACACCACCGCUGAGCAAUUGUAUAUCACAUUAUUGGACCAGCAACGUGUUGCUGCCUGGAGUAGAUCCAAUCCGUCAAUGGGAAGCUUCCCACCAGAAGAAGGCUCUGAAUUUAGUCUCUUUGGGGGUUCCAUCAGUGGUAAGUUCUUAAAAUUAGUGCCAAAUGAAAAAAUAGUACAGUUAUGGAGAUUGGAAGACUGGAAGUCUGGCCAUUACGCUCAAUUGGACUUGCAAUUGAUCCAAGGUUCUGGUGAAACAAAAAUGAUUGUGAAAUGGUCUGGUAUCCCAGUUGGUGAGGAAGAUAGAGUUAGAGGUAACUUCGAAGAUUAUUACAUUAGAUCUAUAAAGAUUACCUUUGGUUUUGGCGCUGUCUUGUAA